UUGCUUCAGAUCUGCCAAUUAUCCUUCCUACACAGCACUGCUCUGGAGGCUAUUGGGCAGCAGAAGCGACACAGCUCGAUCUUUUUCUCAUUACCGCCCGGAUCAUAUCCAUCGCCUGCGAUCGCUUCCAUUGAGAAUAUCUUGUGGAAAGGGAAACAGUGUUCUCUGUUCGCGAAUUUGUUUGAGCGAGCAGUUCUUGGCGGCUUAGUUGCCGUAUCAACACAGCAUCCUGGACUUUAUCUUCAAGCAGCAGCUUAUUACUAUCGACAGGCGAACGAAGCCAUUGCAGUACAGAAAGCAUCACCAUAUCUGGCUGGAUUAUCAUAUCCCACUCCUGACCCAUUGACCUCAGCAACUCCCACAUUUUACGGCCAGCGGCCUUGGCGAGCUUCUGCUGAAGGCAUCGAUAACUAUGUCGAUGAUGAAACCGAAAAAAACGCUUGUACUGCAUUGGAAUUAAGCUGUCAUCCGAAUCACGAGCGAUGCAUUGCGUUGCUUUCUUCGGCAAUGUUGCAAUUUAAGAAAUACAAAUGUCAGCGCAUGCAGCGUUAUAUGAUGCUGUUGCUCUCCGAUGAAUACUGCGCCAUGGGUCAGAAUGUCAAAGCGUUGCAGGUAUGGCUACGUAUACAAAUACAGUAA